AGCGGAAGCAAUCGCCGGCCUGAGCGCGACCCUCCCCGGUGCUCCGGAGGGGGCUAUUCUGGGGCUGCGGCGCCACCCCCUCCGGCGGGGGCGCGUUCCUUUCCUGGCGCCCUGAGGAGGAGGCCGCGGCUGUUGUGGCCGGCGGUGGCGGCGGCUCCGAGGCCUGGGCUGGGCUGGGCGGCAUCAGCCCCAUGCUUGGCUGGGGCGGAGAGGAGCCGCUCCCGGCUGCUGGCGGGCGGAGGCUGAGAGGGGGACCAGAUGAGGAGGAGGAAGAGGAGAAGGCUGCCGCCGCCACCGCCGCCGGGUCUCUCCUUUUCCCGGUUUCGCCAGGCAGAUGCAUCGCAGGAUGAAUGAAAUGAGCUUGAGCCCCGUAGGGAUGGAGCAGCUGGCAGCUUCCUCUGCAAGCAGUGCCCUGACGGUCUCAGGAAACCACCUAGGCCUGGCUUCCUCCCCAACACACAAUGCCAUACCAACACCAGGAUUACCAGUUGCAAUUCCCAAUUUGGGGCCAUCUCUGCCCUCUGCAUUGUCUUUGAUGCUUCCAAUGGGCAUUGGAGAUCGAGGAGUGAUGUGUGGUAUACCUGAGAGAAAUUAUGCCCUACCUCCACCGCCUUACCCUCACCUUGAAAGCAGCUAUUUCAGACACAUUCUACCUGGUCUUUUAUCUUACUUAGCUGACAGACCGCCGCCUCAGUAUAUCCACCCCAACAACAUAAAUGUUGAUAGCAAUCCAGCUUUAUCUGUCUCCAGCAACCCCUCUGGCUUGGAUCCUUACCAGCCGAAUGGAACGGUGGGUCUUGAACCAGGCAUUGUCUCCAUGGAUUCUCGUUCAGUGAACACCCACAGCACUCAAAGCUUGCAUCCCAGCGACAGCCAUGAGGUAACUCUGGAUACAACGAUUACCAUGGAAAGCGUCUCAAGAGUUACCAGUCCCAUCUCUACUGACAGGAUGGCUGAGGAACUUACAAUGGGUGAUGUAGCUGGAGAUCAUUCCCAGAUUGCAGCUGGCAGCCGGAAUCACGAGCCCUUAGCUGUGGACGCUGUUGGUGGCAGCUUAACUGCAGACACUGUGGGACAUAAUGGUGUCAUCCCCAUUCACGGUAGCAGUUUGGAACUUCCAGUCGUUAUGGAGCCUGAUCAUAUUGCAGGCCGUGUCAGCGGGAUAUCUGACAGAACGCUCGGUGACUCUAUUCAUACAGUAGCUAUGAGCAGCAAUUCUGUGAGUGUUGCACUUUCUACCUCACAUAACCUCACAUCCCUGGAAUCUGUCUCCUUACAUGAAGUGGGUCUGAGUUUGGAACCCGUGACAGUAUCUUCCAUAAGCCAGGAAGUAGCCAUGGGACAAGAUCAUGUGGAUGUCUCUCCUGAUAAUCUUGCCUUUGUACCAUCAUCACUGCAGAUAGAAGACUCAAAUUCAAACAAAGAAAAUAUGGCUACCUUGUUUACCAUAUGGUGCACACUCUGUGACAAGGCAUACCCAUCAGAUUGCCCAGAUCAUGGGCCUGUGACCUUUGUUUCAGACACCCCAAUAGAGAGUCGAGCCAGGCUUUCUGUGCCCAAACAACUUGUUAUCCGGCAGUCUAUCAUGGGAGCUGAAGCUGGUGUGUGGGCUCAAGAAACUAUUCCUGUGCGGACUUGCUUUGGACCACUCAUUGGACAGCAGAGUCACUCCAUGGAGGUGGCUGAUUGGACAGAUAAAGCAGCAAAUCACAUUUGGAAGAUAUAUCACAACAAUGUUCUGGAAUUCUACAUAAUCACAACUGAUGAGAACGAAUGUAACUGGAUGAUGUUUGUGCGGAAAGCCAGGAACCGGGAAGAACAGAAUCUGGUGGCUUACCCUCAUGAUGGAAAAAUUUACUUCUGCACCUCACGUGAUAUCCAUCCAGAGCACGAGCUCCUCUUUUAUUACAGUCGAGAUUAUGCCCGACAGAUUGGUGUUCCUGAGCACCCUGAUGUGCACACUUGCCACUGUGGGAAAGAAUGUGCUUCCUACAGCGAGUUCAAGGCCCACCUGACGAGUCAUAUCCACAGCCACCUCACCAGUCAGGGACAUACUAGCAGCCAGGGGCCAGGCCACAGCAAGGAAAGGAAGUGGAAAUGCUCCAUGUGUCCUCAAGCUUUCAUCUCUCCUUCUAAGCUUCAUGUCCACUUCAUGGGGCACAUGGGCAUGAAGCCACACAAGUGUGAUUUCUGUAGCAAAGCCUUUAGUGACCCCAGUAAUCUCCGAACUCAUCUUAAAAUACAUACAGGUCAGAAGAACUAUCGCUGUGCUCUUUGUGAAAAGUCAUUUACUCAGAAGGCUCACCUGGAGUCACACAUGGUUAUUCACACUGGGGAGAAAAAUCUGAAGUGUGAUUACUGUGAUAAACUGUUCAUGCGACGGCAGGAUCUCAAGCAGCACGUACUCACCCAUACACAAGAACGGCAAAUCAAAUGUCCUCGGUGUGAAAAACUGUUCUUGAGGACAAACCACUUGAAGAAACACUUAAAUUCCCACGAAGGAAAGAGGGAUUAUAUCUGUGAAAAAUGCUCAAAGGCUUAUUUAACAAAGUAUCACCUAACCCGUCACCUCAAAAUCUGCAAAGGACCCACCUCCAGUCUCUCCGCCCAGGAAGAGGAUGAUUCAGAAGAGGAAGAAUUAAUGAUAAACUCUGUGAGGAGUGAGAACUGUAGGCUCAACAGCAGCGUGUUUGUGACAAAUGAUACGCUUUCUUGCCACAAAUAAGAAAUGGAGGACAUCUCAAAAUGUAAAUUAGGGACUGUUGCCCCCCCCCCCCCCACCAUGUUUAUAUUAAAUGAACUCUUCUGUAACACUUGGCUGACGGAUCAGCACUCACACUUCUUAAUGGAAAUGAAUUAUGCACUUUUCAAAGGGAGCUGUCCAGUAAUUUUAAGCCAAUGAAAUCAGAGUAAUUCUUCCUACCAUUAUCUUUUAAACGUGUGCACUUGUCAACUUGGUUGAUGUGUCAUGCAUGACUUUUAGAAUGAAACAGGCAGUUGCAAAUCAGUUCUGAUCAGACAACUAUUGGAAAUAAUGAAUUUGUCACCUCUUUUAAAUUAAGAGUCUCUCUACACGUGACAUCUGACACGUGAAGAACACAUGUCAGGAGAUGCAAUAUUAGCCAGGAAGGAUAGUUUAAAAGGACAAAGCCGGGGGCAGGCCAAAGGUGUUGCUAUACACUGGAGCUGUGUGAAGGGGCUGUGAAAUGCCAAAAGGGAAACUUCAGCCCAUUAUAACCUCUCCAGAUUCAAGCCUGGCUCUGGAAGGCAGCUCCAGCCCAUUUCCAUUCCUUGCUGCCCUCUGGUUGUGAUCCUACACAGUUUUAGACUGGAGAUGUGAAAUUGACAGAGCCUUUGGGUAGGAAAAUAUGAAAUUAACAAACCCUCUGAGGAGUGAUCUCCACUGGCUCGGUCUUUCUAAACUACGCUUCCCAGCUAACAUUGCGUCUCUCUACACUUGACGAACACAUACCGAGGCAUCUCGUAUAGAGAGACUCUAAGGCUUUGAUUUGUGUUUUCUAAAGUCCCAUUAUCAAAGCAGCCCAAUAUCUUCCUGUUGUAUACAUUUUGAGUUUUGCUAAAAACAUUGCUAAAAUCAGUGUUCAUUAUCCAUGAGUUAGUUGUAUCCAUACAUAUUAGACAACUGAUUAUUCUCAAAAAACUAGAGUGUGCUGGUUCAGGUUGGGAUAUUCUUAGCUAGGGAAGUUUAUCAUACCUAAGAUGUUCCCUUAAAAGUGGUUACAAUAUAUACCUUGUUUGGUAACUAAUUUGGAGGGGAAGGAGGUAAUAUGCUGCUAAUGUAUUUAUGAAAUGAUUUUAUUUUAAUUGUCUCCUUAGGGGAAAAUUAAACAUUGCGCUUUGUAAUACAUCAA